AUGUACACCUCUUCAAUCAGAGAAUCGGGCAUCUCUCCCAGUCCAACUGAGCUAGACAGUUCUUUCCGCUCCUCCCAGAUGUUAAUGGCUUGGAUAAGUCAUGCCAGGUCAUCACAGAAUGUAGGUUCUGCUGCAAAGACAGAGAUAGAACAAAUGGUAAUGACCCACAGCGAUGGACAACACUCCAUGGGAGAUAGCACACUGAGUGCCAUACGACCCUUCUUGCGGUUGUCUGGAAAAUUUGGCGAUAUUGCAGGGGCUGAAGCUGAAGCUCAAAGCUUGGAGAGUAUGGCCGUUGACAGCCAUAUAUGUGUGGCUUCCUUGCUCAUAUGGUAUAUGGUACAGAUACAGAUGCAGGGUGAAGCAGUGCUACAAGGUAGAGAUAGAUGGGGCCACGUUGGUGAAUCUGUCUCGUUGGAGGAACUGGAGGUAUUACUGAUUGUUCCCAAGGGCCCAUGUUAUUACCAGUGGGUUCUUGGUCACAGAGUUGUCAUGGGUGCUGGAUUAGGCUCUGGAACAUAA